AUGCCACUCUUUAUUAACCGGGACCAAAUAUUUGCACAUCAAGUCCACCUUCUGGAGCACAAACUGCGGAGCAAAGAAGAGCGCAUUCUAGAGUUGGAAACUGAAAAUGCAAUUCUUCACCUGAGACUUGCUGAGUGCCUUGGUAAAUUGCGCCGGGGCCACGAAGAACAAAUAGAAGUCCAGAAACAGCGGCAGUACCAAAGAAGUGUACAGAAGAGCACUCACUCUGCCUUGGCCAAACUGUUGUCUGAAGUCCAGGUUUUGAAGCAGGACCUGAGAGAUGUGUUUGCGGUGUAUGCGGGCUUUGCCACUGAGCUGGAAGACCAGAGCAAGCAGCUACAGGAGACGGUGGGCCAGAACAACGCCACCAUACAGGGUCAGCAUGGUGACAACGUGCAGAGUUUGCAAGCGCGUGUAGAGGCUCUGGAGCGCUCCCUAGAGGAAGAGAAGGAGCGCUGCAAGACAGAGAGGCUGAGGAGAAGAAUACUUCACAACACCCUGGUGGAGCUCAGGGGAAACAUCAGGGUUCACUGCAGAGUGCGCCCGAUUCUUCCUUUUGACAAUGGACAGAUGUCUACGUUAGCAUUAGGGUGUGCUUCAGCAGAGGAGGUGGUCCAGGCUGUUAAUGAUGACACAGUCAUUGUGAACUGUACUAAAAUGGGGAACCCAGUCCUCAAUAAGAUGUUUGAGUUUGAGAGGGUGCAUGGACCAGAGGACUCCCAGGAUGCUGUGUUUGAGGAAGUGAAGCCCCUCCUUACAUCCCUUCUGGACGGGUAUAACGUGUGUAUAAUGGCAUACGGACAGACAGGCAGUGGGAAGACACACACCAUGAUUGGCUCCCAGCCAGAGAGCCCCUCAGGACUGGAGACAGAAGCUGGGCAGGGCAUCAUCCCCAAAGCUGCCUGGGAGCUCUUCAGGCUGAUCUCAGAGAAGCCUCCGGAAAGCCACAUGGUGGAGGUGUCGGUGGUGGAGGUCUACAACAAUGAGGUGUUUGACUUGCUGGCGAAGGACGAGGAGGGGCUCCCCACGGGGGUUAGGAGGGACAUCUUCACCACCAGCACAGGGACCAGCGAGGUUCCCUGCCUCACCUACGAGUUGGUGCGUAGCUCGGCAGACGUCAUGCAGCUGAUGAGCUCCGUGUUGAAGCUGAGGACGCGCUGCCCCACCCUGGUGCACCGAGACUCUUCACGCUCACACCUCGUGGUCACCCUCACGGUCUCCUCCAAGAGCCCCAACGCUCUGGCCCUGGCCCGCAGGUUACAAAAUGCCAAGAAGGACAUGCAGCGAACCCAACAGAAGGAGUGGUGGAGUCCACGCUGUCGCCGUGCCAACCCCAGCGCCCGCUCACCGGACGAGCGUUCCGCUAGCUCCACCUCCUCUCCAUGCCACUCCCCCUACCAGUCCCCAUGCCCCUCCCCCAGAACUAGCCUUGCUCAGGCGCCCUUUAAGACAAAACUGCAGCUAGUGGACCUGGCUGGCAGCGAGUGUGUGGGAAUGUCGGGGGUAACUGGCGCUGCCCUGUGGGAGACGUCAUGUAUCAACCGCAGCCUGUCGGCCUUGUCUGACGUGCUGGGAGCCCUGGCUGAGCGGAGACCCCACGUCCCCUACAGAAACAGCAAGCUCACCCAUCUGCUGCAGGACGCCAUAGGUGGCGACUCCAAGCUGCUGGUGAUGCUGUGCGUGUCCCCGACACAGCGCUUCCUGACCGAGUCCUUGCAGUCCCUGGGCUUUGGCUCCAGAGCACGCCAGGUCCAGAAAGACAUCCCUCACAGGAAGAGCACUGCCCUCAAACUGAAGUGACCCACAGGAAGAGCACUGCCCUCAAGCUGAAGUGAACCAGGGGGGAUGAAGACAAGAUAGAGAGAUA